GUUACUUGAGACUGUAACUGGCUUUUAGUGAUAGACUUUACCCCAGGAAGGUACAAGACGAUAUAGACGUGCUAUAACGAGUGGGGCCACGUUGCAGUGAUACGGAACCAUCGGAGGGAAGCGCAGGAUAUAAACUGCCGGACACACGUUGCUGACAAGAGUCCGCAGCGUGCCUGGCUUGGCUGACAAUGUUGACCAUGGCCGGGGAACUACUUUGGCGGACUAUGAUCCUCGUCGCUUCCCUAAGGGUGUGCCUCCUUGUGUCCGCGUCGUGGAACCAUGAAAUAUUCAAAGUCAAGUUCAAUCUGGCCAUGACGAACACGAACGUCACUCGCGAGCAGCUCAUGUCCUGCCAGAUCAAAGGGCCGCAGCAGUGUAAGCGCGUGUGCGCCAUGACGACAGAUUGCAAGUCCUUCUUUUACAACAAACACAGUCACGUGUGUCAGUUUCACAGGGUGGUGUUUGACACACAUGUCAAGGCUGCGGGACAGGGCUGGUUGCGGUAUUAUUCCAGAUUCAAAGAUGGAAAUAAAGACCAUGUCACGCGACUCCUGAUUGGUCACACGUCGCUACGGCAGCUCCACCUCAGCAACUACUCCAUGGACAACUACAACUACCUACGACUGAGAAGAUUCUAUGCACUGGCCUUCGUCGCGAGACAAAGAAUGCUUGUGGCAUCCUCACCCGAUGAGAUUAUAUCUUCACGGCUGGAUGUGUUUGGCUACAAGGUUCUACAAAGUCGGAAACGAUGUUCUUAUAUUUCUGUCGACGAGGAGAACGAGAUCCUGUUCCUUGCUGGACGAAUCUCCGUUCCCGGGUUAGCUAGGAUGACUUUUGAGGGAGAUAGCUACAGGUUGAUUUUCCCAACUAACUCUAGGUAUGGAUCUCUGCAACACAUCGCAUCGACUUCAAAAGAGAAAGUAGUGUAUGCGAAUUGUAAGCGGACACUUCUUUCCAUCACGUACCUUGGUGACGUCAAACAAGUCUUUACCCCAAGCAGCAACCUGGUUGUACGUGGCAUGGCCUUGGACCAGGGCGCUGGGGUGCUGUACUAUUCCACUCGUAGUGCAGUAUUCAAGAUAUCGCUGGCACAAAACACAACUUCAAUCAUUACUCAGGUUGAAAUUGUGCCCAAUCGUCUUUUGUAUCGUGAUAAUAAGAUGUACAUAACAAACGGAAGACUCGUCAUCAGUUUGGACCUAAACAGCACGCAGAUGAUUCAUAACAGAAAUGUAAUGGGACAUGUGUCGGUACUGUGUCUUGUGCCGUGAAUAGAUAGUGUACAUGUGUCAAUAUCUGUAUCCUGGGUAGCUGGUAAAAGGACGUAUUCGA